CACAGCUCGUGCUUCCGGCCAAGGAACCAGCUCGCCGCCGCCUUCAUCAGCUACCUGCUCACCACAGAGCGACUUGGCUUCACUGAUGAAGAAGGUGGGUGCAGAGUUGAUAGGAACUCUAAUCCUGAUGAUCGCCGGCAUCGGGACGGCCAUCGUCAACCAGAACAGCAAAGGUGGUUCGGCCACGCUGCAGGCGGCGGCUUCGGCGGGCCUGGCGGCGGCGAUCGUCGUCCAGUCGACGAGUCACAUCUCCGGUGCACAUCUCAAUCCGGCCAUCACCAUCGCAUUGGCCGCCUCCAGACGCUUCGCCUGGAAACAAGUGCCGUUGUAUAUCGCCACACAUGUUGCGGCAUCGAUAUCGGCGGCGAUGUUGCUGGCGGUGUUAUUUGGCCCCGUGAGAUCAGGAGCCGGAACCAACGUUCCCUCCGGAGGAAACCUACAAGCCUUCGCCAUGGAGUUUCUCAUAACCUUCAUUCUGAUGUUUGUGGUCUCCGCCGUCACUCACACCAGAACUGUAAAGGAACUGGGAGCGGCCACAAUUGGCGCUACCAUUAUGCUCAAUGUACUCAUUGCUGGGGGAACAACAGGAGGAUGUAUGAAUCCAGCAAGAGCUUUAGGCCCUGCUGUAGCUACUGGCAACUACAAAGGACUGUGGAUCUACCUCAUUGCACCGAUCGCUGGUGCUUUACUUGGAGCAGCAGCUUACGCUGCUGUACGAUUACGCACUAAUGGUGAUGCCACCAACGAACCUUCUUCAGCCGCCACAAUCAGCAACGACGGUUCAUAAUGCUCGUUGCUAGUCUGCUAUCUGCAUGAUUUUCAAUCCUCCUUGCAAUGCACGGCACACAUCAAAAGGAGAGCUUCGCGCA